AUGAGUUAGAAUAUUGAUUAAUUUUUGAAAUUUUUCGUAUUUGAAGGAGCACUAAGUUUAAAUAAAAUACUAAACUUAAAAUAACUUCAGUUCGCAAAUCCCAGACUCAUUAAAAGAUAAUAACCAAACCAUUUUGAAUUAGCUGAAUUAAACAAGAAAUCUAAAUUAAUAUCAGAAAAUGUAUAAUGAUUUUAUAAUAAGGCUUUUGAUAUAGUUUCAGAAUUUUAUAUCUUAUUAAAGCAAUGUAAAUUUGAAAAUGUGAGUACUAAAAUAAUAUUCAAUUAUAUGUUAAGUUUACAGUUAAAAAGAAAUUAUAUAGAUUGUCUUCAUUUAAACACAACUGACAAGAAUUAUAUUAUAUGUGUUGAUAUUAUUCCAGAAUACAAAGAAUAAAUUAUUAGAUAAAUGUAUAGUUUUGUUAAUUGGGUUGUACUUUAUUAAAAAGGAUAGACUACUUAUGGUGAAUUUAAAACAGAAUACUAAGAUUAUGCUCAUAUUCAAAUCUUUGAAAACUAAAAGAAAUUAAUUUUAGUGAUUGGAUAUAAUAAAUUAGAAACUGAACUAUUUUUAUCCAUAAACCUAGUAAGAAAUUAAAACUAUAUGAGAAAUAAUUUAUCAUUAUUAAAUAUACCUGAAUAUAGAUAAGAUACAUUUUGUUCAAUUUUAUAUCAUUUUGUAACUAUUAUCAGAAAAAUGUUAAGAUUUGCUGAUACAAAAAGAUAUGAUUCUGAAUUAAGAUAACUUAUUUCUGCUAAUGCUUCCAUUUUGAUAGAACAUCCAGAAAAAUAAAAACAUAUUCCAUAUUUAGGAUCAUUCAAUCAUUGUGAUUUUGUGCUCUUUGAUUUUAAGUUAACAAAUUAAUAUGAAUUUGAUAAAAGACUUAAAAAUUUCUAAUAUUAAAAAGAAUUAAUAAUAUCCAUUAUUGGAAAUCUAAAGACACUUUAUGUUAAAUCUAAAGAUGAUAUGUCAUAUUGUUUUGUACUUUCUGGAUAAUAUUUACUUGUAACAUUUUAGUAUAAUAUUGAUGGAGCAAUUUUAUUGAAAGAAGAAGAAUAAAGAAAUAAAUUAAUUGCAGAAUGCUAUGAAUUUGUGGAAUAAGAUUUCGAUUAUGGAAUAAAGAAAAUUAUAAUAACAAACCAAGAAAAAAAUCAAAAAAAAGAAGAAACUUUGAAAUCAUAAAGAAAUUAAAAGAUAGCUGAUUUAAUUACAACAUCUGUUAAUACUGCAUUCUCAUGGUAUGAUUAUGCCAAAUCAGUUAAUUUAAUCAAUAAAUAACAACAAACAACUAACAAAUCCCUUACUCCAAGAAGAUAAUGA